CAAGAAUAUAUGACAAUCGAGUCUGAGGGACAAAGAGUAACAGACUAAAAGGAGGAAACACAAUGGGCAUAUCAGCUUCUAAACGAGUCAAAAGGACACUCGCCAACUCGCCUGAGUUCGACUCUGCCUGUCACUCAGCCUACACCCACUGCCUCUCUCUAACUCAGCACGCUUUCCCAGGCGCCCUGCCAUACCAACUCCCCACAGCCUCCGAUCAAAUCUAUGCCGCCGUCUCCACCACUCGUGAACCCCGUCUGAUCAUCAAGUGGGUACCUUCUCCUCCAACUCGGACCCAAAUCGACUCGGCUCUCCGGGUCGUCGCUCGUCAACAGAACAAAAAGAGUGAAGAGGAGUUGAUUCUGGGGCCGGCACAAUUUAAGGAGUGGGCGCUUGUGCUGUACGCGGAGGCCGUCGUGGGCAAUGCCGGCAAGGCGAUUAUAACCCGAGUUCCAAUUGGAGCGGCCGGGAUAGUUGGGAUUGGAGCGGUAACGAGGUCCGGGACUGAUUUGAUCGGAGCGGCGAUUGGAGUUUAUGCGAUUGGGGUAGCGAUUUCCGUUUAUCUUGGUUUGUCUGGUUAAGAAUUUUUUUCUUUUAUUUUCAGUUGUAUUUUUCUAAAAUAUUCAAUUUAAUGCCGAUUAUAUACAUACAGAUAUCUUUUGCCGUCUA